AUGUGGCCUUCUGAGAAGGUCGCUUCAAAAGUAGCAGACAUGCGAAGUGGCCUCAAGUAUGGGCUAACUGGCUUAUACUGUGUAACCACUGAUUUCUUUCGGGGGGGCGGGGGAAAAAGUAUCUGCCUAGAAGUGUCUCACAUGACUUCCAGUCAAAUUUCAGUAUCCAAAGCAAGUCAUGUGGCCACGCUGAACUUCAAGGGUUCCAAUUCUCGGGGCGAGUGCGCGCUAGUGCGUAAGAAGGGGGCGGAAGGGGUGCGCGCUCCGGGGACGCGCCGGGGGCCCCCGCCCCCUCCCGGAGCAGCAGCCUGGCACCAGCCCACCCUCCUCCACCCCUGCAAACAGACGCAGGACGCCAAUAGAGCAACUUCUCCGCGGGGGCGGCGGGGGAGAAUAGCGGUCACCCCUGCCCCGCCGCGGCACGACCGGGGUCCCUCCUCGGCCGGGUUCCGAGGAGGCGGGGGGCGGGGGGAAUGGGGGAGCCCUUCGCACGCCCCGCCUCCGCCCGCCUGGCCCGCGGCCGGGGGGCUGCCCGGACCCCCGCCCCUCCGCGCGGCCCGCAGCGGCGCACUCCCAAGGACGGCCACCCGGCCGGAGCGCGGCCUGAGCGCGAGCCCGGAGCGGAGCGCAGGCGGAGGCCGGCCCCUAGCCUCAGGCCUCAGGCCGCCGCCUGCCCUCCGCCAGGCCGCCCGCCGCCGGCCCCAGCUCGGACCCCGGCCGGGCCUCGGCGGCGCCGCCGCAGCCCCUCAUCCUGGCUUCAUUCAUAGGGGCACCCCAGCCUGGCCGGCGGGGCGGGGCUGGGGACCCGCGGAAAAGGCCGGCCCGCCGAGGCCGGGGAGGAAAAUAAAAAGUUUAAGAGAAGAACUUACCUAA